AGCUGAAGCGCGCUCCCGGUGCGCGCCGCGGUUCCAGCGGGCGCGCACCAGAGGCUUCAUCAGAGAUCUGCAAACUUCCGCCGGUUGAAGGUGGGUCAAGUCACAGAGAUAGAAGUUUGCUUUUGAAAUUUCUGGAGACAACAGCGACGCCAAAGUGGAUCUCGUCUAUGACUCUUUGAUCUGGAUCGACGUUGUGACAGUGGCUGCUUGCGGCGGAAAAUAAAUAAAUAAAAAAUAAAAAUACAGCGUGGCUUUUGACGAUCUGAGAUAAAACGACCACAAUGUGUUUUUUGACAAUCAAUUUUUAGGCUGUGAACCUUUUUGUCUCCAUGUUCCCGUGUUUUCCUUUUUCCUGUCUAAUCUUCUGAAAAAUUCAAGAAUCUAAAACCGGACUAGUUGCUCUGAAACUGUAGGAAAGAAAAUCCUUUUUCAUCGCGAUGGACUACACAGAUUGAAUUUUGUCAUUAAAUGGACUUAAAUUUCUUCUUUGAAGAGCAACGUCGGAAAGUAACAAGUUCGUGCAAGGAAGCGGGAAGGAGAUGACACCCAACCCUUUAUUCCUGGUCCUCAUUCUGUCGCUUACAAACAGCAGAGCAGAGAAUGCUGAGGAGCGGCUGGUGAACCACCUGCUGGGACCGGAGCGCUACAACAAGCUGAUCAGACCUGCGGUGAAUAAGAGCCAACAGGUCACCAUCUCCAUACAGGUUUCUCUGUCGCAGCUCAUCAGUGUUAAUGAAAGGGAGCAGAUAAUGACCACCAAUGUGUGGCUGUUUCAGGAAUGGAAUGACUACAGAUUGAGGUGGGACCCGGAAAAAUAUGAAGGCAUCAAAAAACUGCGAAUACCUUCCAAACUGAUCUGGCUUCCUGACAUAGUACUUUACAACAAUGCCGACGGAGUGUAUGAAGUUUCCUUCUACUGCAACGCUGUGGUCUCCAACACGGGCGACAUCUUCUGGCUCCCCCCAGCCAUCUACAAGUCUGCCUGCUCCAUCGAGGUGCAGAACUUUCCCUUCGAUCAACAGAACUGCACGCUCAAGUUUCGCUCCUGGACGUACGACCACACAGAGGUGGACCUCAUCCUCACCAGCGAUUUCGCCAGCCGGGACGACUUCACGCCGAGCGGGGAGUGGGACAUCGUCUCGCUCCCGGCACGCAAAAACGAGGACCCCAGUGACAUCACGUACCUUGACAUCACUUACGAUUUCGUCAUCAAGAGGAAGCCCCUGUUUUACACCAUCAAUCUGAUCAUCCCGUGCGUGCUGAUCACGUCGUUGGCCAUCCUGGUGUUCUAUUUGCCUUCGGACUGCAGGGAGAAGAUGACGCUGUGCAUCUCGGUGCUGCUGGCCCUCACCGUGUUCCUGCUCCUGAUAUCAAAGAUAGUGCCACCCACCUCUCUGGCAGUGCCACUCAUAGGUAAAUACUUGAUGUUCACCAUGGUACUGGUCACAUUCUCCACUGUCAGUACGGCCUGUGUCCUCAAUGUGCAUCAUCGCUCCCCGUCUACCCACUACAUGCCAGACUGGGUCAAGCACCUCUUCUUGGUUCGCCUUGCAACCCUCCUGCUCAUGAGACGCCCGGGUUCCUCCAACGUCCACAAUAAACUACGCAAAAGGCUCACCAGCAGGAACCCCGUCAGUAAAAGCAGCUUUCACAGCGCCGCAGGCAGGAGGCAGCACUCCGACGCCAGACUGGGAGGAAUCCCCACAGACUGCAACUCUUUCUAUGUUAACGAGGAUUCGGUGUACAACUGCUGUUGGAAGAUGGGCGACGCCCGGGACUCCCCCGACUUUGUGAGGCCGACAGCGGCGCAGUUGGAUGCAGAGCUGGAAGAAGCAGUGGAUGGAGUGAAAUAUAUCUCUGAACACAUGAAGAUGGAAGAUGGCAAUGAAGGGAUCAUCGAGGACUGGAAGUACGUUGCCAUGGUGAUCGAUCGCCUCUUUCUCUGGAUCUUCAUCCUGGUGUGUGUGGUGGGAACUCUGGGACUCUUCAUGCAGCCUCUCUUCCAGAGCUACAACACGCCCACAGCUGAUGACACAGAAUAUGGAGAUUUCUAGGAUUUCUGUGGCACAGAAGAGAAAACUGUCAAAUCAGCAUCAAAAGAAGAAAAGAAGCUGAACACUUGUCAAACAUAAUUCAGCUGCUGCUGGUCAGAUCAGAUGUGCAUUCAGCCUGAUCUGGGCAGCCUGCUGCACUUGUUGAAUUUGCAACGUUGGACUUUAAAUGUGAACCAGUGUUUGUGCGAGGACACAACUGGAAUAUUGUGUCUUUUUCACCUUUCUUUCUUUAUUAUAAAACUAUUGUUCCACUGUCCCCUUAGUGAGUGCUUCAUUUCCAUCGUCUGUCCUACUUUGGAUGUUACUUGUUCUGCUGUUGGUCUCCGUCUCUGCGUUUUUCUUCUUUGCUUAGUUUUUUUUUUUUUUGUCUGUCUUUCUGUUAUUUUUUGUGACAUGAUAUGUCAAAAAGCCUGUCAGACAAACUCGGAGACGACUCAGGAAAUCUUCCCCGAAAGACUACAUGACAAAAAGUGAUGUAAAAGCAGUGAAAGAGUGAUUGGUUGCAGCCACCAUACCCACAGAGAUGGUGGCUGAUUUGUGAUUUGGGGUUACUUUCUUCAGAUUGAACUGGGUUUUUCCUCAAGGUGGAUGAAACCCAAUCAAGUUGUUUUUUUCCCCCAACAUUACAGAUUUCAGCCAGCGAGCUUAGGAAUGAGGGAUUUUAGCUAUCAGACUCACAGAGACUGAAAGGAUACAUCCAAACAAAAGUGAUGUGUCUGUCAUUUGACAGAGAUAGAAAACCUGAAGGAUGGAGUGAGGGACUGCUGCCAAAUCAAGAUGUUUUAAAUCUACAAAAAGAAAGAAUGAAUGCUGAAGCUGAAACUACAGAAAUUAUUAUUUGAUGUGCGGCACAUUUUUGUAACAAGUUGUGCAGGAUGUAGGUCAAAUUAAAGACAGAAGAAGUUUUGAAAGGGUCUUGUCUAUUCCUUUUGUUUUUUACUUGUUGGAUUUAAACAGAGGGUAGAUACACUUUUUGGAACGAUGCAAAUGUGCACCCAGGAACAAUGUGAUGUUACACGUGUAAAAUAAGAUGAUUGAUUUGAAAAGAAUUUCCACACUAACUGUGUACUAAUACAAUAUGUUGAAUAAAAAAAAUCUGUGUUGAAACUCUACAAUAAUGUGCUGACAAAAUGUUUUUACUUUGUUUCAUUUGUUCAGUGUCCCAUGUAUAAAACACAAACACGACAGAUUUUCAUUUGACAAGAUUUAUGAUUAAAUCACAAUCCCUCUUUGUGCACAACACUCCAUCCUAACAUGCUAUGACACAUGCAGAGUUUUUUUAUCUUUACGUCACAGAGCAGGUUUCAUAUCUGCCGACACUUCUUUGGUGUUAAAUAUUGACAGCAGAGUAAAUGUAGAAGAGCUGCUGUCACAUUAAGAGCCUGGGGGUGAGAAAUAAGGGCACAUUAUGUCAUAAUGUAAUUUCGACAGACUCUGGAAGUAUGAGUUGAGACAAGGUGACAUUAGACAAUGUGUUCAGUGCUCAGGUGGGCAGACAAGGUUGGCAAAAAGUGGCUAAAGUAUUUUCCUACAUUAGAAAAUUGAACAUAGCGACAAAAAUUAAGGCAUAUGGUGUGUUGCCUUUAACAUUCCUGCAGUUGUUUUGUGCAGGUUUUGAUUGAAAAUGUCAGCGUCAGUCGGCGUGUGUGUGAAGGUUUAUGAAUGUGUGUAUAGCUGUUUUCUUCCUGUAGAUGUUAAAAUGCUUCACGGGUUUGUCCUGCUCGGUUUUUAGGUUCAAAAAGUGUGUUAA